CCUUUUUUUUAAAAAAAAAAAAAAAAACUUACUUCUCAUUAAUGUUCUCACUGCAGAUAUUAAGUUGACUAUUUUAUAUUUGAUAGUUUGACUUUGUUCAUUGCCAAAUCCUGCUUCGGGUUGUACUGUCCAUCCGACUAUGUCAACAUUAGUUUUUGUAUGUUUAUACUUUUAUUCAAAUAUUACUUCUUGCUAGGAAUCUGUCUUCGCUUAAUACUGCAAUCGCGUUUAUAAAACAUAACAAGACAUAAAAUAACUGUCCAAGUCCAAGUGUGAGCAUCUUGCAAGAAAAGAGAGAAGAGAAGAGAGAGGAAUUAAAUGACCGCCUUGAAAAACAGCGAGAAAAAAAAAAUUUCCAAGGUUUCCUCUCCUUUCUUUAUGACAACUAUACAAGAUCUUGGCUUAACGACUGUUGCAAACAAGGAACAAUUUCUAGAUUCGGUUAUUAUUAAAGAAUGUCCUGGUGUUGGACGAUCUUUGGUAACCAAGAAACCACUGGCUCCUGGAGAUGCUGUAUUGGUUGAGGAACCACUGAUCAAGUACAGAUUGAAUCCAUCCUGUCGAUCAUCCAAUUCACCUUAUUAUUCUAAAAAGCUAUGGAACAACAUCAUGUGGAUGGUACAAUCUGAAGAAGGAUAUGAAGAUGAUAAAGAGAGCAUCUAUAGCAAUAGCAGUACCAACAGCAGUUAUAGUGAUGAUAGUAAUAAUGACAAUCAAACAAUACAAUCCGAUUUUUGCCCAGGUGUACCUGCAGCCAUCUUGGCCUAUCUCGACCUCUACCCUCCAUUUCCUGUCAAAAACCAACGAAAGUACAAUAAACAAGAUUUUGAAUUUUUUUAUUACCCUAACCUUGAUCAUCCAACUGUCCAAUUGAUCCGCUCAGUCACACAGAACGUAGUAGAUACUGAACCACUCUUUAGCCAUGUUGAUCCACAAGAUCUUUGCCGAUUCGUUUUAAAGAUUUAUGCUAAUGCUCAUACGGUCACUAUACCAUCUUUACGAAAUGAGCCUACACAUUCAAAAAGAAAGGCACGUAGGCUAUUCUAUCAAUCAAAAUUUGGAGAGAGUACGUCUUGGGGGAGCGACGACAGAGAUGUAUCAUCCAUGCCUACUAUUGCCCUGCUCCGAUGGGGGUCCAAGUUUGCUCACUCUUGUUCACCCAAUAUGUUCUUACGAUAUGAGCCUGCAAAGAACGUGAUGAUCUUUACAGUCAUUCGACCUGUCAAGGAAGGCGAAGUGCUUUCAUUCAGCUAUCUGCCUGAGGAUGACACAACUGUCGGUGGACUGCUAUGUGGAUCAACAGAGAAUCGCCAAGCGAAACUUGAAAAGUUCAAAUUCUUCACAUGUGCUUGUGAACGAUGUUCUGACUGGGAUUGGUCUCGAUCUGUGAAUUGCCCUACCUGUGGUCAUGAUUGUUAUUCUCGCCUUGGGCAAUGGAAAUGCUUUGAAUGUGAACGCAAAUAUGAAGAUAAAGAGAUUGAGUUCCUUAGCAAUGAACAAGACGUAGUUCAAACAGUCAUUGGAUUUAUCACUCGAGUGUAUGGCGGGCGACGACUGGAUCAGAAUACAAUGAGCUCGCUGGAACCUCAGCUGAUGGACAUGUUGAACAGACAAGUGCCAAAGUAUCAUUGGACAUAUGGUCUGAUUCAUUCUUUAUUAGCAGCAUAUCAUCUUCAGAUAUUCCCACAAAUGUAUGGUAAAGGUCUGGCAUCUCAAUUAGGACUCACUGCCAAAGGCAUAGAAGAGGCGCAUGUCUAUAUUGAUUUCUUGAACAAUGCCAUCUUUAAACAUGCCAAUCCAAAAUCAACUUCACACGGUAACCCAAUGACAGCGUUCUUUGCCAGCUGGAAAUUACUGGCCAUAGUGAUAGAUUUAGUAAUGGAUAACACAGUAGACAAGUAUGCUAACAAAGAAUCUACUGUGUUGAUUCCCUUGGAUAAGGAAUGGAUAGAACCCUUAUGUAAAAUAACAGGCAUCAUCCACUCUGAAUGGCUGCCAUUGAUAGAGCAAAUAUUUCCUGCACAAAGACCCGUGGUGAUUGAAGAUAUGAUUAGACAACUACAAGCAUUUCAUGACCGCGUCCAAAAGACGAAAUAAAUAUUAAAGAGUGCACGGACCACUCGUCUUUUUUUCUUUUAAUUGUUAAAAAGCCAUGCCUGAUUUGGUCGAAAAUGAAUUCAAUCGAGAUAAAUUAAGAAGAAGAAAAUCAGAUUCCAACCUGCUCACACAGAGCAUUAAUAGCAACAAAAGAGAAAGACUAUCUCAGCAACCAUUUUCGUUCAAAAGACAACUCUCUCAUUUGAAUGAAACUGAUAAACCAGCAGACACCUUUUAUGAUGCACUCGAAAUCAAGUUUCAUCACUCAGUAGGGUCAAUGAGUAUAAGUCCUGCUUCGAGAGACGUUGUAUUAGCAGGGUACACUUUUAUAUAUAG